AUGUCGUACAUGCUCCAACAUCUAAACAACGGCUGGCAGGUCGAUCAAGCCAUCAUGUCUGAAGAGGACAGGGUUGUUGUAAUCCGUUUUGGGCAUGAUUGGGACCCUACGUGCAUGAAAAUGGAUGAAGUCUUGUACUCCAUUGCAGAUAAGGUGAAAAACUUUGCGACGAUCUACCUGGUCGACGUUACAGAAGUGAAUGACUUCAACAAAAUGUAUGAAUUGUACGACCCCUGCACGACCAUGUUCUUCUACCGAAACAAACACAUCAUGAUCGAUUUGGGCACAGGAAACAACAACAAGAUAAACUGGGCCUUAGAGGACAAGCAGGAAAUGGUCGAUAUUAUAGAAACUGUUUAUCGUGGAGCGAGGAAAGGGAGAGGUUUGGUGGUGUCACCUAAAGACUAUUCCACAAAAUAUCGGUAUUGA